GGUGGUUAUGGGUUUUAGACUUUCUUGCAAUACGAACAAUCUUCAAUCAUAAUUUUCAAAUGGAAAAAUCAACUUCACAUAAUAAUUUUCAAAUGGAAGAAUCAGCUUCACACGAUAAUAUUCUCUUGCCGACUGCGCUUGAUUUUGAAGAUGAAUCAUCAUUUGUGAGCAUAAAUGCGGAUAGACUUAGUGUGAAAUAUAUAGGUGAAUGA